UGUUCUGUAUUUUCUUCUGCUUCUGACACAUUUUUCGUGUUCUCCAUCUCCGUGACCUGCGUAGUGAAUUUUAUCUUUCUUUUUAUUUCAAUUCGCAUAAUAAAUAAACAAAAAUCUGACACAGUUUUUUUUACGAGAAGAAAAACAAACAAUGUUAUUUUAUCAAAUACUUGACAUAUUUUAAAUAUUUCAAUGUUUUCAAGAAAGGAACAGCUGAUUCAACGCACCGGUAAAAGUGGAGUUGGACGUUUUUCAUUUUUAAAACUCUUAAUUGAAGAAUUCCGUAACACCAAAUCUCGAGACGCAAAGGAACAAGUUUUGGCAAAUCUCGCAAAUUUUGCCUAUGAUCCUAUUAAUUAUGAUUAUUUAAGAACAUUAAGAAUAACAGAUUUAUUUCUCGAGGUUCUUUCUGAGAAAAACAAAAAUCUCGUACGAUUUGCAAUUGGUGGAUUAUGCAAUUUAUGCUCUGAUCCAGUUAAUAGAGAAUAUAUUCUACGUAAUCAGGGAAUUUCAUUAGUUUCAUCUCUUUUAUCAUCGUCCGACGAAGAAAUUGUUUUAUCAGCAAUUACAACACUAAUAUUUCUCAUAACACCCGAAUCAAAAAAAGACAUUGUCACAGAAGAAAUAAUUAAUUGUAUGACUAGUUUUUCAAAAGUAAAAAGUUCACGAUUACGAAAUUUAGCGACAAUUUUUCUCACUGAUUAUUGUGAUUUAAAGAAAAUUGAAAAAACAAGAGAAAUUCACAACAAAAUAAAAUGAAAAUUAAUAUUCAAUAGAGAAAAACAAUUAAUUUCCACAAUGAAGACAAAAACAUUUCGCACAUUAUUUACAUCGGUUAAAAAAUAUUGCACAAUACCCGAUGUUGAAUCAUCAAAUCAAACCAAUCUUGUGACAAAUUUAAAACCAGGAAGUCGUGUUUCAAUUUUACGUGUUAUUACUAAAGAAGAUGUUCUUGCAUUUGCUCAAUUAACAAAUGAUUAUAAUCCAAUACAUGUGAAUUCAGAGAAAAAUAUUGCUCAUGGUGCAUUUUUAAAUGGUUUAUUAUCAGGAAUACUUGGUACAAAAUUACCAGGACCCGGUACACUUGUUGUUGAACAAAUAUUAAGGUUUCCAAAACCAUGUUUUGUUGGUGACACUGUGGAAAUAUCCGUCGAAAUAGUUGCAGUGAGAAAAAUAAUAAAAUGCAAAUAUAAAUGUGUGGCAAAUACAAAUCGUAUUGUUUUAGAAGGUGAAGCUAAAUUAAUUAAAAACGAAGGUAUAACACAAAAAAUUCAAAGUUCAAAUUAAAAGAAAAAAAAUAACGAAAUUUGUAUAAUAUGAAAGUAUUUUGAAAAAAAAAAUUAUAUAUAUU